AAGAAACCUCCCGCCCCGUCCGUUGUUGCGGUUGAAGAGAGGCGGGAAGCCAACGUGAACCUUUUCAACCUUCUCACACAACAACGCUCGCGUCUUGGCGUCUUUCUUUCUUUCUUUCUUUCUUUCUUUCUUUCUGGUUGUGAAGAUGGUGCGGACAAAAGCGGACAGCGUCCCCGGAUCUUACAGGAAAGCUGUCGCAGCUUCUGCACCCAGGAAGUCUCUGGGCUCCAGCGCGCCCAACGCCGCGUCGUCUUCCACCUCCGGUCAGGCGACCACUCCCGCAAAGAACAAGUACGCCGGAGGGAAUCCCGUGUGCCUUCGGCCCACGCCCACCUGGCAGAAGGGCAUCGGGGACUUCUUCGGCGGUCCCGGAAGGAAGCCGGAGAAGGAGAACCGGAAGCCCGGCGAGGAACACGAGGCGGACGACCGAGAGGCCGGCGGCAGCGGCGUGUCCGAGACCGGCAAGAAGUCCAGGCCGCUGCCAGCCGAGGAAGAGGACGACGAAUGAAUUUGAAAUGUAAAUGUGUACAUAAUUGUUUGUAUAGUUCAUGACUAAGAUGUUUUUGUUCUUAAAUUGGAAUGUUUUGCAUGUUUCCACUGCUCCGUAUGUUUUGGCAAUAAAAAGAAAUGACUUAUUUGCACUGCU